AAUCUCAUCAGCUGUAUUUUUCAAUAAUGCUUUCUCUUGCAUAUAAAGCACACCUACUCUACUCUAUGACUGCAGUGUCGGCCAGGUCCUCGUUUGACUACUACUGGCAUGGUCCACGCCUGCCCAACUGGGACCUGCGUAUACAGGUGACCCUAGAUGUAAUGAGGUACAUGAUCAACAACAGUGCGCCGCAGCUCACCAAUGAUGACGAAAUCGAGAAUAUCGAUGUAUUCCAAAUAACGAGGGAUGUGCGUAAAAACAGAGACAGGAGCACAGCGUGGCCCAUCGACAAGGGUAUUUACCAAGCGCACACUAUCGACACCAAAUCUGUUGACAUCGACACGACCAGGUUUGCUGGUGUGGGUGUCGGCGAAGACGACCUGCCGAGCAGUCCUCGCGCAAUUGGCUAUGAGAUCGUGCUGGGAACUGCAGCCAUGGGUGCCUUGGAGCCAUAUGCAACUGACACCGACCGAUUGUGCAGCAUCCAGCCGCUGUUUGAGGGCGAGAGGAUAAUGCUCGGGCUCCAUGGCGGUGUAUGGCUGACCGGCAGCCCUGAUACACACCGUUCAUUUGCCGGCGAGCUUUCUCAGCGGGGGCAGGUGCGCGUGAUAACCAUUGACUAUCGCUUGGCACCCGAGCACCCAUUCCCAGCCCAGACGCAUGACACGCUCAUCGCAUACUUGUAUCUCCUGCAGCAGGGAUACAAGCCCGAGAACAUUAUUGUUGCUGGGGAUAGCAUGGGCGCACAUUUGUCGCUUGUUCUGACGCAUCUGCUUCGGCACAUGAAAAUUGCUGAGCCUGGUGCCCUGGUGCUGCUGUCGCCGUGGGCUGACCUGGCUUGACACGAAACCCACCAUGGAAUCGAACCGGCUGCAUGAUUUCUUUGUAAUCCCGCCACUGGAAUCGCCAUUCAACUACGUACGUUUAUUGCUUGCGCCUGGAAAGCCGCUGACUGACAAGAUGAGGCAGGAUAUGCAAGGGAUGCUACUUUCGCCGAUCAAUGGGUCGUUUGGAGGAUUUCCACCUACUCUAAUCCAUGCAGGCGGUGGCGAAAUACUUUUGGAUGACGUGAAGGAACUGGCAGCCAAGAUUAACGCCCAGAACUCUGGGAAGCCUGAGGUAGCUACGCUGGAAGUCUAUGAUGGAAUGCCCCAUGCGUUCCAUCACUUGUUCUGGUACCGUAAGGAAGUGCAAGGAUGCCUUUCAAAGCAUCGGUCAGUUUGUAAAGGGCAUCCACGAAGAAUGAUUAGUGAUAAAGCCAUAUUUAUUAAAUAAACCACGUCUCGUU